AUGCAAAGCGACGUCCCACCGCUACCCGUGUCCUGUCUGUCCGAGAGAAUAUCGAUUAGGUAUCUAUGCACGCCCAAGAAAACAUUUAUCGCACGCGGCCUCUCUUACGCACGUUACGUGUUGUUGUUGUUGUCAUUUUCAUUAACGAACACCCGACAUGCGAUCAGCGAUUUCCGUACCAAAGUCCAUCAGCAGAGAGUCGCCGGCCGGACGACGGCCGCCGCUGUUACUGCUGCUGCUGCUGCUGCACCCAGCAAAAGCCAGAGCUCACUGAACGUUAGCAAUAAAUUAAGCCCCGUCGGCAGCUGUGCACUAGAGCAUCGUAAUCAACGCCAGAAGGAGCAAAAAAAUAAUCAUCAGCACCAGUGUUACUUGCCACUUUCUACGAGAAAGCAAUUGCAAUCCUUGAUCGCGUUCGCGAGCCCGUACAGUAAUUGCAGCGCGCGUAGUAGCCAACACCAUCAUCAGAGCGAGAACAAUCCCGGAGCGGAGAAAGAGGCAUCGUCCUCGGUCAUCGGUCGGCGCGUCUGCUCGGCCAAGAUGUUGCGCAUCAAGCACCUCCAGAAUCAACUGGCCGACGCUCACUACCAUCUCAAUGAGCUGUCGAACGAGAACAAGCUGCUGCGUGCCAUACAGAAGCGCCAGGACUCGGCGCUGAAGAGGUACGAGGGCAGCAACGCCGAGCUGCCCCGGAUCAUCAACACGCACCACGAGGACUUUCGGGUGCUCCAGGCCAAGCACAGCAAGCUCAGGGCGCAGUGCAAGGAGCUGCAGGACCGCCUCAAGGACAAGGACAGCGAGCUACUUACCUUGCAGGCGCAGAACAAGAAAUUGCAGCAGCUGAGCAAGGACCGCCACCUGCCGGAGCGUGACAAGCUGCAGCAGCUGGUGGCCGAUCUGCAGCAGCGCUGCGACGAGCAGGAGCGACUCGUCCAGCAGCUCCGUCGCAAGCUCGAGCUCGAGACCAAGUACCUGAAGCAGCAGCUGCACGGCGAGAUGGCCAAGCACAAGGAGGCGGCCAAGCAGCUCGCCGAGGCACGCCGCAAGCUCGAGAGCAUGGACGAGCUGCUGGAGCGCAGCAACAAGCGAUCCUACCAGGCCAGUCGGCUCGGCUACAAUUACAGGUGCGAGCGAGGAGGCCUAGCCAAGAGGACCGCCGACAAGGUCGGAGGACGCUUGCCCGUAGCCUCGUCCUCGCUCCAGCAGCAGGUUCAGGUCAGCCAGUCGCUCGUCGACCUCAACGAUUUUCGGGCCGCCGGACGACAGAUCGAGGCGAGCUUCAGGCUGCUGCACGACCAUCAUCCCUCGUCGUCGCUCGAGUUCGAGGCUCGUCGCGAGGCCCGACAAAUCACCGACUCGAUGCUGCCGAUGCUCAGCAACAACAGCAACAACCACAACAACAACCACAACGGGACGAUGGAGAAUAAUCGGGUCGCCAGCAACGAUCCGAGCGAGUACCUCGAGCGAAUUCAUUAUCCGUCGUCCUCGACGCGUCUCAGCGAGCCGUCGCCGAUUCAGCAUCACGAGAAGCCAUCGUCCCAUCCCGUUGCCUACUCGUUGCAGCGAGACGAUGGCGAAACAGAGACGCUCGCAGCGCAGGAAAAGCGCGCCGAUCCAACGAGCGGAUCGAGAUCGUUGCACGCCAGAUUGGUGAGCUCGGCGAGCGAGGCCGAGGACGACGCCGCGUCCAAGCGGCGACAAUCGACCAAGAGGACGUCGACCACCAACGGACCGAGCAGCAGCAGCCGAUCUCGCUCGUUGACCAAGGAGAAUCUCGACCGUAUCGCCGAGUACAACGACGAGCUCGCCGACGAGAUCAAGUACGAUCGCGACUCUGUCGUAACGGUCAUUGCGAAAGAGCCGACUGUAGCGCGGCCGAUCGUUGCGAAACAGCAGCAGCAGCAGAACAAGUGCGACGCUUCCCACCACGAGAGUAAUAUUAGCCUGAGCGAUGUCGAAAGCGAGAUCGACCUGCCGAUCGAGCUUAGCUUGGAGGAUGAUGACGAGGAUGAGCCCAAGCCGACGACGCAGCAGCAGCCGAUCGUCACGCCCUGGGACGACGACAAGCGAGCCCAGGACGACGUGAGCACGCCCAACAAAGAGUUACUGCUGGCCGUCGACAGCAAAGUCUUCGACAAGCCGGUCGAGCAGCAUCAACAGCAGGGCAAUAAAGAUGCAGCGACGAGCAAGGCUGCCUUCGACAAAGCCAAAUUGCUAGCCGCCAUGAGGGCCAUCGACAACAACGAGACCACCGUCGUUGCGACAACCAUUCCCAGUGGCGGUACGACGACGACGACGGCGUCGCGAAGGAACAGCGCGACGAGUCUCGGCUCCAACGGCCUCACGAGGCUGCAGAUCACCGAGAAUCUCUUCCGAGGCCUGCCCACCCACUCCAAGAAGAAGGACAUCAUGAAGGAGCUGUUCCCCGACGCCGGCCCGAUCGUCUGAACGGCCGCCCAUAUCCUAACGAUGUAUAUUUUUGUCGAGACGAGACGCGACUAUUUUUUCACCUCAGCCAAAGUGAUACCGUUGUGAUAACGUCUAGUCAUUCUUGUAAAUAAAUAACGAGCUUAGAAACAAAUCGACGGAUAACAGUUUUGAUUCUUUCUUUUUUUUGAAUUUUUUUUAUUUCAUUUUUUUUUCUUUCUUUUUUUUUUUUACAAAAUUAAAAAGUUUGCGUUUACAUUUCGAAAACUUUUUCAGGCAACGUCCUCUUUCCAAAGAAAUCGAACCAAAAAAAUUUCGUAGAGAAAGAGAGAGAAAAGCGCAAUUGCAUCAUUAAUCGCACCGUUCCGUAACCUUUGUAAAUAUAUAAAAUUUUGUUUCAUCACCGUAUGUAUCAUCGUAAUAGUAUUUACAUAAUUCAUAUAUAUCAUUUUUUGUUCAGAUUUUCGUGCGUCGGUUUAUAUAUAGUAAAAUUUCAAAUGUACAAAAUUUUUUUCUUACUUCAUAUCCUUCAAAACUUCGCGUUUUUUCACAAUUAUUCGAUAUAAUAAUCAAUAGCUAUAAAUAUAUGUAUAAUAUUUAACAUCGUGCAUUUAAUAA